AUGGCAGAUGAAAAACACAAUAGCGGCGAUGAAGCCCUCCAAAUCCUCGCGGACAGCAGCACAAUCGACCCAAUCCAGUCCACCAAACUGCUCCGCAAAAUCGAUCUCUACGUGAUGCCACUCAUCUGCAUCGUGUAUUUCUGCCAAUAUCUCGACAAAAUCGCCGUCAGCUACGCCAGCGUCACCGGCAUCAGCCAGUCCGCCCACCUCCACGGCAACCAAUUCAACUGGAUCUCGAGUAUCUUCUUCUUCGGGCAGCUGGCGUUCCAGUUCCCCACGAUCCGGCUGAUUCAGGCGUUUCCGCUGGCUCGGUAUGUGGCUGUGAAUGUGACGGUGUGGGGUGCGUUGCUGGCGUGUAUGGCGGCGUGCAAGUCGUUUGCCUCGCUGAUGGUGUGUCGGGCGUUGCUGGGCUGUGCGGAGGCGGCGGUGGUGCCUGCUUGGGUCGUGUUUACGUCGCAGUGGUAUCGGAAGGAGGAGCAGGCAUUCAGGGUUGGACUGUGGUUUUCGAUGUGUGGCUUUGCGCAGAUGUUUGGUGGGUAUAUCGCGUAUGGCGUGGCCAUCCAUAUCGGCAGUGAUCCCAACGCAGCACUCCGUGGAUGGCAGGUCAUCUUUCUCAUUCUGGGGCUAUUCACGGCUGUCGUGGGGAUUGUCUUCUUCUUCAUCCUGCCUGAUUCCCCUGUUUCUGCGGGUUUUCUCUCACCGGCCGAAAAGGCCCUGCAUGUCGAGCGUCUCCGAGAGAAUGAACAAGGCAUUGGGAGUAACGUCUUUAAAAAAGAACAAUUCUACGAGGCUCUCAGAGACCCUAAUACAUGGCUGUACUCGUUCUGGGUGUUUGCAGCCAACAUCCCCAACUCCACCGCCACCAGUUUCGGCAACAUCCUCGUCACCGGCAUGGGGUAUUCAUCCACGCAGAGUCUGCUGCUGGUUACUCCCCUCGGCGCCUACGAGGUCGUCAUCCUCAUUGCGCUGACCUACCUCAGCAUGAAAACCAACCAGCGCCUCCUCUGCUGCAUCGCCGGCCACAUCCCCUCCAUCGUCGGGGCCAUCCUCAUGGCCACCACUAACAAAGCCCCCGCGUUAGUCGGCUAUUAUCUCACCGGCGGCAUCCCGAUCGGUUGGACGACCAUCCUCGGCCUGACCAGUACGAAUGUGGCGGGGUCGACGAAGAAAAUCACCGUCUCGUGCAUCCAGACCAUCGCGUAUACAGUGGGGAAUAUCAUUUCCCCGCAGACGUUCCAGGCCAAGGAUGCGCCGGGGUAUCUGCCGGCGAAGAUCUCGAUUGUCGUGCUCUAUUUUAUAAUCACGGUUGAUUUGGGAGUGAUUCGGUGGCUGGCUGUGAGGGAGAAUCGGAGGCGUGAUGAGGAGAGGGAGGCGUUGGGGAGUGCGUAUGCCGUCGAGCAGAAUCAUGAGUUUCUGGAUUUGACGGAUCGCGAGAAUCGGGAGUUUAGAUAUGCUAUCUAA